AGGUUACCGCGUGAAAUUUGUGUCUCGUACUAUAAUGGCGCCACAGUUGGCAACUUAUCAGCAAGGGCCGAGUUGCUUUGAUCGCAUGAAAUACGGUUUUGCCAUCGGUUUUUGUGUUGGUAUGUGUUCAGGUGCCCUUCUCGGUGGGUUUUCCGCAUUGAGGGCCGGAAUGCGUGGAAGAGAACUUCUCGGGGGCGUUGGGAAAUUCAUGGUUCAAGGUGGUGGAACCUUCGGAACAUUCAUGGCAAUCGGCACAGGCAUUCGUUGUUGA